CGCGCCGCGUUGUCGUAUGCCAUGAUAAAUUAAAAAAAUAACACCACAGACACUAAAGUGUGAGUAAAUCAACAAAAGAGUUCUAAAUUUAAAUAUCCCGUGAGUUUUUUUUUUCCUUAAAAGUGCAAAGUGCCAACAUGAACGGUUUUAUUAUAUGUUUGCUUACUAUUGUAACAAUAGUAAAAGGCAAUGUAUUUUUCAAUCGUAUCAACCAUAUUGAAUACUAUAGAAACAGAACUAGGCCUUCAAAAGCGUUUCACAGUUUUUCAACGAACUAUUUCAAUCAGAACUUAGUGCCGAAGCCCGGGAAAUCGGAGCGGGUGCAAUGUGGUACUAGAACAGUCGACUUCAAUCCCAGAAGAACAGGGAAGAUUGUUGGUGGUACAGAAACACCGUAUGGAGCUUUCCCAUGGCAGGUCGAGAUUCAGAUGUUGGACCAUGAUAAGCUGGAGUUCGAGCACCACUGUGGGGGCGCUGUCAUCGGCGAACGUCUCGUGCUGUCCGCUGCGCACUGUUUCGAUAAACAACCGCUACAAUUAGACCACAUCAGGCUAGUGGUGGGCGAGCACAGACUGAAGUUUCAGGACAAGCACGAGAACAGGUUCCUGGCGGAGAAGGUGGUGCUGCAUCCGGAAUUUCGGAAAGAUGGUCCACAUAGCAACGACAUAGCGGUGAUCCUAGUAUCGCGUUCCGGCUCCGGCAUGCAGUUCAACAGUCACGUCCGGCCGAUCUGUCUUCCGGACGGGGGGGAGGAGAGCGCCGGACAGUGGUGCGCGGUCAGCGGCUGGGGAUAUCAGACAGAAAGUACAGAAAGCUUCGCGCCCGUCCUCAGAGCGGCUUCCGUACCAGUACUAGAUCUGGAGACUUGUAGAGCGAACCAGGUCUUAGGCGGUCGACAGCAAGCGAUACUGGAUUCUAUGUUAUGCGCAGGAAUUCUCUCUGGAGGAGUAGACGCGUGUCGUGGUGACUCUGGAGGGCCGUUAGCGUGCAUGACUGCCGACAGGUGGCAGCUGCACGGGGUCGUGUCGUGGGGGUCAGGAUGCGCGCGGCGGUCUCGCCCGGGGGUCUACACGCGGGUCGCAUCAUACGUCGACUGGAUAAAGUACACUGCCGCCUCCUUGGGGCAUAAGAUCGCAUGAUUAUAGAUAGCCAUAGAUUAAAAAUAAAAAUAUUGUAACAGAGGAAAAAUACUGUAAUGUACGUGUUAGAGCGAGAUACAUAUACAGGGUCAAGACACGCUGGUCUCUAGUGGUUUGACGGGAGUUUUGAACGAAACAAAAUUGAUAAUUGAUGAAAAAAUUAAAAAUAGUUAUUAAGGGUGGGUAAUAUAUAACAAUAUAUAUAGAUUUUAGUUAUAAUAUCUAUAUAUAUACCACAGGGAGACUGUACAAAAGUCGAUUGCUUGGGUACCUCUGUCCCAUUCGUGUUUCAACCGUGAAGCAGUUGUGUUUGCAUGGCUGUGUUUCGGUUUGAAGGGUGGGAUAUGGCAGUGAAUUUACAGGGUACAGAGAAAUAACAUCCGAGUACUCAGGAAUGGCAACGCUGGGAUAUGGCGUGAAUUUACUUGGUACAGAUGAAUAACAUCCGAGUCCUCAGGAAUGGCAACGCAUGGGGGGUAUCAUGGGCGAAACAGUAUACUCUGUUAUGUCCAUGGUACUGCUCAUGUAUAUAGGCGACGGUUACCACUUUCCAUCAGUUGGGCCGUCAGCUUGUUUGCCAUUCUAAGUUGUAUAAAAAAAAUAUCGGUCCAAUAAACAAUGUGAUAAAAAUCUGUUAUUCAAAACAUAAUAUUAGAUAACAAACAUUUAACAUAUUGGAAAAUAGAUAUCCGACCGAUAUGGGCGAUAUCGAGACGGGCGAUGACCUCUUUUGCACUAUCAAUGUCUAGAAAAACCACCUAUAUAUCGGAUAGGUAUCCAUAUUAGAUACCUAUGUCUAACAAUUAUUUAUUGGUAUGCGUCCAAUAACAUAUAAAUAAAAUAUAAACAUAAAAAUGAACAUACAAUUUUAUAUGCGUCUAAAAUUCUCACUACUUUUUAAUUAGAGUUUUAUAUCUUAUAUUCUAGAACUUUGUACUAUUUUAUAUUUAUUAUUUAUAUUUACAUUUAUUUAUUAUACUUAUACAGUGGUACUAAUGACUAAAGGCAAAUAGUAUUAUUUUCUUUAAAUAAACCUAAAUAUGUUUAAGAUUACUAAUAUUUUAAAUAGACAAUAGAGAUUUAAUGUGUCUGUGGUGACCGCUACGUGAUACAAGCCACGUCGAAACGUCGACAAUGAAGAAGCAGGUAUGUAGGUACUAUUUACUUAUAAAAUCUUUUACAUCGCGUUAAAUCCUGAUUUCGUAUUUAAAAUAUGUGUUUUAAAGUUUAAAAUUAAGAUUACUAAUGGUAUUUAUACACAAAUUAAAAAGAAAACUCUGAAAAGAUGACAAAUAACGCGAUAUGGUGUUAAGUCCGCCAUUUACACUUCUUAGGUGAAUUAAAGUUUAUAACAAAUAAGUACAUUUUAAACAUUUGACUUAAAUGAUUUUGAAAAUUUCGCAAAGAUUUCUCUGUUAUGCAAACAUAUUGAAAUUUUGAUAAAACCUAAAAAGGAAACCUAUAAAAGAUGGUAGAUAACGCCAUAUGGUGUUACGUCCGCCAUUUACACUUUCUAGGUGUAUUUAAGUUUAAUGAAUAAGAAAACAAGAAAUAAUUUAUAUUUGUAAUU